AUGACAGCCAUCAAGGGCCGCGCCGCCGCGCACCUCAACUUCCCGGAGCUGGCCGACCUGCUGCCGCUGCGCCGCCAGCGCCGCCGCGCCAGCGACGUCCGAGCGGCCGCCGCGCUCGCCGCGGCCGCCGACUUCCCCGCCGGAUGCGCGCCGGCGGCCACGCUGCAGGCCGAGAUGGAGCCGGGGCCGGUGCCGGACCCGGAGGACGCGCUGUUCGACCUGCCCGACCUGCUCCUGGACCUGAGAUACGAGUCGCCCUCGGGCCUGGCGUGCGCCCCGUCGUGCGCGGCAGAUGUCGCCGACGGAGGCUCCGUCGGAGCUAACGCCGACCAAGGUCGCCGCCCAGUCCGCCCGGGCCAGCGCUGUGCCUGGGAUUGA